GUAUUCUACAAGAAAAGUUCUUUGAAUGUAUGUGUACAUACAUGUCGAAUACAUAUAACAUCAAUCUAGCAAAUUUCACCAAAACUCUUACGAUAUGCUUCCUUUCCAAUAGUUUAAACCACGACAGAUAGUUUUCUGCCAAGAUCGCCCAUGAUGGUGGCCCUAGAGCCCAAAAAGUCUGUCGCCGUCAUCGGCUCUGGAAUGGCUGGGUUGGUGUCGGCGUAUCUGAUCCAGCAAGACAGAAAAUGCAGAUAUGAGGUGGAGGUCUUUGAAAUGGACCAGUUGUCUCUGGAUUCUGCCUCAUACACUAUUAAGGCAGAUGAUGACCACACGUAUCGUGUUGAUGUGCCCAUGCGUGCAUUUGAUGACGGCUUUCAUAACAAUCUAAAGUGUAUGUAUGACUAUCUCGGGGUCAAAUACACUUCGCCAAAAUUCAUUUAUCCGCUAUCCUCCAUUUCCACCGCAGAUGGAAAGAAGAUGCCUCCGCACUUCAUCCACUCAUCUAGCAAUCACCAAGUACCGCCAAUCCGACCUGAAGGCUGUGGCUACGCGGAAUGGAUCUUACGGACUUUGUUCUUGGCAGUGUGCUACUUCUGGUUUACGGCUUGCUGCUUCUUGAUUGAGCCUAAGCUAGCCACCUCUGAGGAGGAUGAAUCGCUUCGGCAAUACCUGGAACGAAUCCGAUUACCACGGCACUUCACCAACAACUAUUUAUUACCGCUCAUGUCGAGCGUGACAACCUGCUCGCAUAACGAGCUACUUGAUUUUCCCGCCAUCGAUGCUGUGGACUAUGCGAGGAGAACAUACCGUCAGUCGCACUAUACGGUUGUCGGAGGCGUCCAAAAUGUCCAGGCCAGGAUAUCCACGGAACAAUCUGUAAGGCUCGGCGCGAUCGUUACCCGGGUUGAAAAUGUUGGUUCGAGAAUCCAAGUCACAUGGACCGACUCGAAAAGCACAGAGGUUCACUCCAGGCAGUUCGAUCACGUCGUAAUGGCGGUCACUCCGAAUGUUGUUGGCGCCAUCUACGAGCCUUUACGGAAAGCGAUGGGCUUAAUCCCUGUGAAUCAAGGAGAAUCAGUCAUUCACCGCGACAGAUCUAGCGUCCCUGACUGUGGUCAGGCACUGAGGCGAUUCUCCGCGACAGCCCGGCAAUCUUUUGAUCCUACUCAAAUACUGCACAUAUGCUCCAAUUCCUCGGCAACGGAGGCGAUCCAUGAGCACCCUUGCUCAGUUCUAGUGACAAGUUUUCCGAUUGCUCCGAUAGAGCCAGCUAAGGUUAUCCAUCGCGCGCGGUUGACCCGCGUUCUACGAACUCCGCAAAGCAGGAGGAUAGUCAACCAGAUAUUCGCCGGGAAGCUCGAAAAUACGUAUCAAGCAAAUGACAAGUUCUGGUCCAACGGGACCGGGAACGUUUGGCUAGCUGGCGCUUGGUGUUGGGACGGCAUGGUCCUGCUUGAGGGAUGCGUCGUGUCCGCCAUGAGAGUUGCAGCAAGCCUAGAUGUCGAGAUUCCUUGGCUAAUAAGCAAAUGAUUACGCAUAGGAAACGUUUCACAGUGACGAAAUGAUGUAUAUAAAGACAAGCCCACUAAUCAGUGGUUAUUGUCGAUCAUAUAAUUCUGUCAGUUCUGGAAUACUGGCAUUCUUG